CCAACAAGCCCAAAUCGAUCAUGUGAGUGGAGUAGUGCGAGGUGGAGCCGUGGAGGCGAGUUCCUCCUCGCGCCGCCGCCAAAACCCUCAAAACCCCGAGACGCCGGCGAGGAGAGGGAGCAGGCGGAGGCGGAGAUGGCGACACGGGUGAAGGACGUGGCGCGGCGGUCGAGCAAGAAGUACGUGGAGGAGGCGCUGUACCGGCGGCUGUUCCGGCGGGGGUCGACGCCGCAGGCCGUGCGGGAGGAGGUGGACGGCUUCCUCGACAGCCGGAAGCGCGCCUUCAAGUGGGAGGUCGGCGUAUGCGUUCGCCGGAUGCGGCGGCACGCGCUCUACCGCCCAGCGCUCAAGCUUUCUGAAGUUAUGGCCAGAAGAGGCAUGAAUCCUACAGUCAGUGAUCAAGCAAUCCUCCUGGAUCUUGUUGCUAAAUCGAGAGGCAUUGCUGCUGCUGAGAAGUACUUCCUGGACCUCCCAGAAACUUCCAAAACUCAUCUCACAUAUGGUGCUCUUCUCAACUGUUACUGCAAAGAGCUAAUGACUGAGAAGGCUGAGACCCUUAUGGAAAAAAUGAAGGAGCUCAACUUUGCUUUCACUGCCAUGUCCUACAACAGUGUAAUGACACUAUACACCAAGAUCAACCAACCUGAGAAGGUCCCUGGCGUCAUUCAGGACAUGAAGGCUGACGAUGUAUUGCCAGAUAUCUAUACUUACAAUGUUUGGAUGAGGGCACUUGCAGCUCGUGGUGACAUACCAGGGGUUGAGAGGGUGAUUGAAGAGAUGAGACGGGAUGGUCGUGUUACUCCUGAUUGGACAACAUACAGUAACCUAGCUUCCAUAUAUGUUGAUGCUGGACUGUUUGAGAAGGCAGAAGAUGCUCUUAAGGAGCUUGAGAAGCGGAACACUAGCAAUGAUCUUGAAGCCUACCAGUUCCUUAUUACACUGUAUGGGCGAACACAAAACUUAGCAGAAGUUCAUCGUGUCUGGCGGUCACUGAAGCGCAAUCAUCCUAGAAUGGCAAGCAUGAGUUAUCUUAACAUGAUUCAAGUUUUGGCAAACUUGAAGGAUCUGUCUGCUGCCGAGGCCUGUUUCAAAGAAUGGGAAGCUCGGCACAUCCAUCCACCUAAGACUAAACCAAAGGAUUCUAGUGCAACAGCAUCUACAGUGGAGCCAGAAUCUUCAACCGAUGCACUAAAUAAUCAGCCUAAUGUCAAGGGAACCAAGGACAAGGGCACCGAUGACCUUGAUCUGAAGCAUCCUAAAUAUGACAUCCGGGUUGCAAAUGCUAUGAUUAAAGCUUAUAUUACAGAGGGUAUGAUUGACAAGGCUAUUGCUCUCAAGAAGCGUGCCAAGAUGCGUGGUGGAAGACUUAAUGCCAAGACAUGGGAAAUUUUCAUGGAACAUUAUCUCAAGGAGGGGGAUCUCAAGAUGGCUUACUGGUGCACUGACCGUGCAAUCAAGAAGGGACACAGCAGUGGUAGGAUUUGGGUGCCACCACGUGAAGUGACCGAGAGACUGAUGGUCUACUUUGAGAUCAACAAAGAUGUCGAUGGAGCUGAGAAAUACGUCGAAGCUUUAAAGAAGGUGGAAAAGGAUUUGGACGCAUCGGUUUUUGAACCGUUGAUACGGACAUAUGCAUCUGCUGGGAAGAAGUUCCCUGGUAUGCGACACCGGCUGAAGAUCGAAAACGUUGAAGUCAGCGAGUUAACUGCCAGGCUGCUCGAUUCUAUCUGUGUCGAUCAAUAGAUGGACCAAAGUAUUUUUAAUCUUCUUAAUAAGAACAGGAUGCUUGCGAAUAUUCAGCUACGGGUUUUCUUUCAUCAUCUGGUUCUACUGACAUGAGAGUCCUGGGACAUGAAUUGCUCCGCAGUUCGAAAAUCUUGUAACUUUCAUUUCUCAUGGCCGUUCGCCUAUUUUCGACUGGUUGGAUCGAGCUAGAUUUUUCUUUCCCUUGUCCUGUACUGUUCCGACUUACCUGAUGCCGUCUAUAUGAGUUUAGCAAAUUUGGUGCU